AUGGAUCACCUCCACGGCGGUUUCCAGAUGCCCAUGGCACCUCCACCGCUGUUGAACCAGCCGCCUCAGAUCUUCGGGGGCUACACGGAGCAUGGCAUGCCCAUCCAGCAACUACCGCAUGACCUAGCUGUCGCACAAAUGUUUGGAGAGCAUGGACUGCUUGAAGAUACAAACGAGGCAAAGAGGAGGAGGAUAGCAAGGGCUUGCGAUAUGUGCAGAAAGAAAAAGAUCAAGUGUGAUGGAAAGCUGCCAGCUUGCACACACUGCAUAAACUACAAGACCGACUGCGUCUUCACCCAAGUGGAAAAGAAGAGAAGUCCGCCCAAGGGGUAUGUCAUUACCUCCACAGACGUUCAGAGUAGUGAACAUUGGCUUAUCGUUGAAUGUCUUGCAGUGCCAAGUCUGCUUGGAGACGAUGAUAACGGGGCCACCGAUCUCGGAACACUUGAACGAAAGCUCGCAGAGAAGACAGCACAGUCGAGACAAACCUCACAGGCCGCCGCUUCCAAUCCUACUUCACCCUCUCAGGCAACAUCAGGUCAAGAUGGAAAUAAUUCGACGCCUCGCAGUUCGCUGGCCUCCCCUUUGCCUGAACCGGCCAAAGACAAAGAAGGAGGGAAGAGGGCCUCGAUAGCUCCCGAGACGGAGGAGAAGGAGGAGCCAGAACAGGAGGUUUCAGCCUUGUCUGAAAUGAUGUGCUCCCUCGUCACAAACAACAACGGCGAAACUCGUUACAUUGGGUCAUCUUCCGGUUUCUCAAUCUUCUCUCCCAAGGGCAUUCAGUGGGUCAAUGAGAAGAUGGGUGACAGCUCAUUCCAGCAGAUGAUCUCUGAUGUCUCCAUUGAGGACCACAGGUGGACAAGAUGGAAGCCCGACGUUUUUGGCGAUCUGUUCCGCCGGGUAAUUUUCAAAGAGCUCCCUCCUAAGCCGGAAGCCAUGUCGCUUCUCAAAGACUACUUUGAGAACUUCAACUGCAUGUUUCCGCUGUUUCAUCAGCCAACAUUUAUGCAUCUGGUCGAAAGACAGUAUUCCCCUGACCCGUAUCAGGGAUCCGGAUGGUGGGCAAGCUUGAACGUGGCGCUGGCUAUUGCUUACCGUCUGCGGGUGAUGAGCAAUUUGGUUCCACAGGAAGAGGAUGAUAAGGCUUGGGGUUAUAUGAAGAAUGCCAUGGCAGUCUUCUCGGAGCUAACGAUGCGCAAUACUGACCUACUUAGUGUCCAGGCUCUUUUGGGUAUGUCUCUCUUCAUGCAGGGCACUCCUAACCCACAGCCGUCGUUCCUUCUCAUCGCCACAGCAAUUCGCCUUUCACAUACUAUCGGCCUCCAUAAGCGCGGAACCGGCUUCAACCUAAACCCAAUUGAGAUCGAACAGCGGAAACGGGUAUUCUGGAUCGCUUAUAUGUUGGAUAAGGACCUCUGCUUACGAUCUGGACGACCGCCUGCGCAAGACGAUGAUGACAUGAACGUUGACCUUCCUGACGAAGAUCCCGCCGACGGCAUCGGUAACAUUCCCCUUGCUGACGGGAAAGGAAAGAUGAACCUUUUCAGAAAGAUGGUCGAGAUCUCCAUCGUCGAGAGCAAGGUGUAUAAAAGACUGUACGCGACGAAGGCCACGAAGCAGUCGGAUGGUGAAUUGUUGAACACCAUUGGAGAGUUGGAUCAGGAACUCGAAGACUGGAAAGACAGCAUUCCCAUCGACUUCCGACCCGAGCAUGAGAUUAAGGCAUCCCAUACACCGCUAAUCCUUCACGUCGUUAUGCUGCACUUUACCUACUACAACUGCUUGACAACGAUUCAUCGCAUGUCUAUCCAUCACGGAUACUGGACUAGUCGCCUGUCAAACUUUGCCAUUCAAGGCCUUAAUGCCAGGCCUUUGAACCCCAGAAUCUUCUCUUCAGCAGCACUGUGCACAUCAGCCGCAAGAGCCUCAAUCUCCCUGCUCAAGUACAUCCCUCAAGGCGACUUUUCAUGCGUCUGGAUGGUGCUAUACUUCCCUGUCUCCGCCUUGGUGACAUUAUUCGGAAACAUCCUCCAGAAUCCUUUGGACCCUAGGGCACGUUCUGACGCAAAACUUAUGAAUGUGGUUGUGACCUUCCUGUCCAUGCUUGGUCAUGAGGCCGAAACCGGCGGUGUUCACCGCAUGCUCGGUAUUUGCGCCGAAUUCGAGCGCAUUGCAAAGGUUGUCAUCGAUAAAGCCGAGAAAGAGAAUUCGUCACGACGCAAGCGCAAGGUGCAGGAGCAAGCAUCUGGUAACAAGGCAGCAUCGAGCAAUACAGCACCCGCGGAUCCCGCCUCUUCAUUCAAUCCAAACGCAACCAUGACACCGCGGCCUCCGACAGCAAACAGUACAGCCACACCACAGCCGAACCACGGAUCAGUGAAAGAUCAUCUUUCGCCAGGUGUGCAAAGCACCCGCACCCCACAGAGCGGAUACAGUCCAUUCAGCCAGAGUCCAUCACCGGGGAUGGCACCCAACGGAUGGAAUGACGGAUUCACAACUGACGCCCCAACCGGCAUGGAAGGCAUUGACUACGGCAACUGGGCUGAUAUGACUGGAUUCGGUGCCAUCGCGAAUAUGAAUCCUGCCGACUUUCCGGUUGAUGGGCUGCCGGACCCGUCUGCGGGCGACCCAAGAGCCAUUUACCAACAGCCGAUGUUGCCGCAAGAUUUGUUCAGCUUACCGGUAACACUGGACUGGAACUGGGCAGAGAUGAGCGGUGGUGAAUAUCCCAGUGUCGAGAAUGGAAACUUUGGCAGCGAUGUACCACAGCAACGGUGACAGUGAAAGGGUCAUCUCUGGCAAAGCAAUGGAAACUACUGGUGAGGCCAGGUGGAGAGUCUUAUGAAGGGUCGUCUAACCUAGACAAAAGGAGGUUGGAAUUCUCGAGAAUAGAGAAGGGGAAGAUUGGAUGGAAGAUGAGACCACGUUUUAUGCAUUUUAUUGCAUCCCUGCAUUUUAUUGCAUUGGCAAGCGGGCUACCAUGGAGGGAAGGAUAUACAUGGGUUUUGAAGGGAUUUAAACGGUCUCUAAUUGGGGGGCAUGCAUUGCAUUUUUGUGCUGGGAAAACUCUCAUCUCUGUUGCUAUUUAACACUUACAUUCUGGAGGGUCAUAACAUUUCAACAAGUUGUUUUGACUCUAAUUUUCAAUAGUUGUUUUAAGAGGAAGCACUUUCAUACUCACAAUAUGGUACACAUUUUGGCAUA